UUUUAUUUCUCUAUAAUGAAUUUUUGUGAAUUCAUCUAACUCACUGUAGAGAGUGAGGAUAAAUUAGAAGAAAUCAGGAUAAAAUUAGCAAAAUUAGAAAUGUUUGAAUUAAAUACUGGUAUUUAUAUUCAUUUUUAUUUUGAGUUUAUAAAAGACUUGAUUAACCAAGAAAAAAUGCAAUGACUGCAGAAUAAAUUAUAGAAUUUCUAAUAGAUAACAAUGUCAAAUUUACAGAAGAGGAGUUAAAUUACAUCUUUAGAGUUUUAGAUACUGAUGGAGAUAACAUUAUUACAUUGCAAGAGUAACUUUUUAUUCAUUUAUUCAAAGUUUUCAAUAUGUAAUUUUACCAAAAACUAACGACCAAGUGAAAGAUCAAGCUCUUAAUCAUAAAUCUUAUGAAAUGCCUAAAAGUAUGCUUCUACCAAAAGAAGUUGAAGCUACAUUAACUGAUUUCUUCAAAUAAUUACAAUAAAACUAUAAGUAGUAUUUAUCAUUAUAAUUAGCUUAUAUUAAUAAAUUUAAUAGCCAAUUAACAUAAAUGAACUUAAUAUUUUUGAAAACGAAAAUUUAAUCACUUUAGAAUCCCUAAAAAAUUGGUUAUAAACUAUUGAAAGAGAAAUUGAUGACUAAGUUUUAGAAAAAUUUCUUAUUAUAAUUGAUGGUAAUCCAAACAAUCUAUAAAAUUUAAUUGAUUAAAUCUAACAAUAAUAAAUUGAAUAGCCAAAUAGUUAACCUGAUGAAUCUAUUAAAAAGUCCUAAGAAUAAAUAAGAGAAUAACCUUAAUAAGAAUAAACUGAUGUUCAAGAUAUUAAAUAGUCUUAAGAAGAUUUACAAAAAAGCUAUGUCUAAAAUUAAAAUCAAGAAUAAAGUAAUUAAAAAACAGAAUAGCAAUAAGAUCAAAUAGCUUAAUCAAAAUUAUUAUUAGAUAGUCAGCCUUAUUCUACUAUUAAUCCAUUAUUAAACUAUUAUGAAUAGUAAAUUAGAGAAGAAGAAUUUAAAAUUAAACAAUUAUGUGAUGAAUUAAAUAUUCCAAAUAUUUAUACAUAAAAAAGGGAUGAAUCAUUAUUGAUUAAAUAUUAUGAAAAAGAAAUUGCUAGGGAAUAAGAAAUUUUAAACAAUUUAUCAUUAGAAUCAAGGCUUUCAGAUACUCAAUCUAGAUAUAAAAAAUCAACUUUCACUCCUGAUCCAUUAUAUCUAGAUCAAUAUUAAAAUGAAAUCAUUCGAAUUAAUGAUGAAAUAAGAAAAGAAGCAAAUAAUUUGAGCUUGCUCUAAUCCAAAAUAGAGAUUGAAUCAAAAUAUGGUUUUACCAAUAGAUUGUAAAAUAGUUUUUUAAUGUAAAUUUUGUAUCUAUAUCAAAGGUAAGGAAGUCCAACUAAAUUUUAAGAAUCUUACCUUUGUAACAAUUUCUCAGGAGAGAAGGUAUAUAUUGAAAAAUUAUAUUUUAGAGAUAAUUUUGUUCUAAAUGA